UUACCGCAAAACAAACAUACAUUGAUACCUCACCAUGCAAUGCCUCAAAUCCUAUAAAAUAUUGUUGUUGUUAUCUAUGUUUGUAUGUACACUUUUAUAAACAUCUUGCCUGAAUUUACGAAAGCAAUUUAUUAAAAACAAAGUUUUACAAAUUUAUCAGUAAAGUCGAUCACGUUUACGUAUAUUUCGUUAAUUAUUAUCAAAAAUACUAUUAAUUUAAAAAAAAGUGGUACAUUUACUAAUAAUAACUCAACAUUGGGUGUUUGUGAUCAAGUACAAAGCUGUUCCGUGUUGUUUGACUUUGAUUAAUCACUUCAGAAUUUUAAAGUCAGGCUGAUUUUGAGACAUCAAGCUUUUUAUCUUUGAGAGGCCCUUUAUUUUGACUUGAAGUGUGCUUAAAAACAGACAGACGGUGCAUGCAGAUGGUUCAUGAAAUUGCAUUAUUUACAUUUUGAACUUUCUGUUUGGGCCGGAAGGAAAGGUCAAAGUGGGGUCACCUUUUUUGAGGAGUCUUCGAUUAGAAUUCAAAUAUUCAAAUAUUUUUAAUAACUAGAAAUUUCAAGGGGGUUUAUUGGACCGUCAAGUUUUGGCUUCACAGUCCGUUACCAUGGUGCAGUGACGGGUGUGUUGUCAACAAAGGAAAAUAUUACGUCACCGCUCAGUGUGCACACACACAUACAGCCAGCCUUCUGGGGCAGUGUACACACAACACUGAUUUAAUGAUCGAUUUUUCACGUUACAUACAUUAAAUAAAUCACUGCAUUAGCUUGAAAUAAAGGCCGAGACAGCUAUGUAGGAAAUGUCAUCUUAGUCUUAUCACAUUACAUAUCAUUGCCAGUUUCUAGGGGCACAUUGGUCUUCAGUUACACAGCGUUAUCUCCUUAGGGUCGUGGUUGUAGUGUCUCUCUGUGAGAGUUGGAGUCACGCCUGGAGCCCCCCCAAACCACACCAUUCAACGUGGAUUAUUUCAUUGUUAAUAAUAGGAUCCAGUUGAGAAUGCUCGGUUGACUGUGAAAACCUUACAAAGAUGGCUCUUUCAAAGCUGUGUCCAUAAGGAACAUAACGAGGAACUUUAGACUCUUAAGUUUCGUAGGGAGGGAUUCCUUCAAGAUUGACUUAAAGACUCCCAAGGUAUGGGCAGCAGUCGUGACGGUACGGGGUGUAUUCAGUCACUGAGACGGCAGGUUACAACGAUGAGGAUACGGUGCAUGUACGGCUCCUGCGGCCGUAAGAAGACGGUACUAAUGGCCAUAGUAUGCGGUGUGUGUCUGUUCUUCUUACAUGGGAAGAUAUCGGAGUCAUAUGAUGGCCAGACAGAAAGACAAAGGAGGUCAGAGAGAGGAAUCUUCAGUUUUCUCCAAUCUUUUAAAUUUGGUGGCGGUUCCAAACCCAAGUCCACGGGUGCCGUCUACGGUGCCAUCUACCGGGACAUCACGGGUAACUUCGAGCCCCCGAGGGAGCCGUCAAGACACGGCGUGGGCGAGAUGGGGAUGUCCGUCACCUUCGAAGAUUGGGAGAAGGCUGCUGUGGAAAACAGCGUACGGGAGUACGCUAUGAAUAUGUACGGCAGUGAUAAGAUCUCACUAGAUAGAUCGUUACCUGAUCUCAGAGACCCGCAAUGCAAGCAUUGGCACUAUCUUGAAGAUCUACCACAGGUCUCAGUGGUAAUAGCUUUCCAUGAUGAAGGGUGGUCCACACUCAUACGUACUGUGCACAGUGUCAUCAACAGAAGUCCCCCAUACCUCCUUAAGGAAAUCUUACUUGUGGAUGACUACAGUACGAGAAAGCAUCUGCGUAAGCAGUUAGAUGACUACAUAAAAACUGUGAAGCUAGCAGGGAUAGUCAAACUGAUCCGUACCCGUAAACGAGAGGGUGUGAUCGGGGCAAGGAUGUAUGGGUUCACUCGAGCCUCAGCCCCGGUCAUCGUAUCCAUGGACGCUCACUGCGAGGUCGGAACAAACUGGCUUGCUCCACUGCUCUCUGUCUUGGCUACGAAUCGGACAUCGAUAGCUGUACCAAUAAUCGAUAUAAUUGAUAACAUGGAUUAUCGACUAUACCCACAAGGUAGUGGAAGGCUGGCCCGUGGGAUGUUCGAUUGGAAUAUGGAUUAUAAACGGGUCCAAAAAUUACCAGAUAGAGAGAGGAAAGCUCGUCGGUAUAAAACAGAACCUUACAGGUCUCCUGCAUUUUCAGGGACGGUAUUUGCAAUGUACAAAUCUUACUUUCUUGAGCUCGGAGGCUUCGACCUCGGGCUGAAGAUGUACGGAGGAGAAAACUUCGAGCUGUCUCUGAAGAACAUUGCUAGGGUUGCCGAGGUAUGGAUGGACGAGUACAAGGACUACCUGUAUGCCAGCAGGCCCUACAUGAGGGCGCCCUCCUUCAAUAUCGGUGACGUCAGCAGGCAGGUUCUACUACGUCGCGAGAAGAAAUGUCAGAGUUUUGGGUGGUACCUGAAUGAAGUGGCGUAUGAUUUGACCAGUAACUACCCUCUACCACCUAAACUCGUUGUGACUGGCGAGAUUCGUGGACUUGACACUGAGUUUUGUUUAGAUACAAAAAACAAGGUACCCGUCAACGAAGGAGUGGAGUUAACUAUGUACAAAUGUCACGGCAUGGGUGGGAACCAGUUCUUUCGCCUGACCACUGCUGGUGAUAUACGAGUUAACGAUCUCUGCCUUGGACAGAGGGCACAAACUGUAAUUAUCACAGCCUGUAAUAGUCCAAAUGUCAUCACAGAUUGGCAAUAUAAUCAGGAGAAGAGCACCCUCAUGCGACGAAGUCAACACAAGUGUCUUGAACGAGCUGGUCUCAAGAUACAAGUAUCCUCAUGCGGGAGGAAUUAUGAUCCUCAGCUCUGGACAUUCGAUGAUCCUUUCCUUUUGGACACACUGGUGAUCUGAUUGGUUGAGGUGCCUUCAUUUUAUGUUAAUUUGAGCUAUUGGUGAUCUGAUUGGUUGAGGUGUUUCAAUCUUUGAGCUAUUAGUGAUCGGAUUGGUUGAUGUGUCUCAGUCUUUGAGCUACUGGUGAUCUGAUUGGUUGAGAUGUUUCAAGUCUUGUUUGUCUAAGCUACUAGUGAUCUAGUGGUCUAGUUUGGAUGGCUGCAAUUUUCGUUCUGGCCACCUUUAUUUCCUAUCAUGUUUAUGCAAUUGGUCCGUGUUGACGAUUUCCACAUAAGUUAUACACUGUACUCAUCAAACCAAUGUAGUGUGUGUUGCUCUGAACGUUACCACCAAUUCUUUUUCACAAGUGGUCCGUCAGUAAUUCGAAAUAAAACAUUUUGUACUUGUUCAUUGCUAUAAAUUUUUGACAAAUCAUAAACUUGUGAUUCGAAAUCAGAAACAUGGAAAGUGCGGCGAAGUUUGCGUAUGGAAUGGU